CCUAGGUGGGUGCAGUAAACGUGUAUAAAGGUUCAUUUUCUAAUUAGAAGACAAAUACGAGUUGAAAUUUUCUCUGUUGAAGUCAAGGAUGUCCUUAUUUUCUUUAAGAUCUUCAAAGUAAGCCAUUAAGACUAUUCAACCCAACUUAACUAAGCUUUCUUUUCUAUACCUCCAACGAAAAUAUUCUGCAAGAGUUGAGAGGAUUACUACAGAGACAGCCAGGGUAUGUCUACUUCCGUUACUCAUUUUCUUAGUUCUCUUUCCCUGUUUCUUCUUCCCCUACUUCUGCCGAUAGAUUCCAAUGCUCAAACCUACGGAAAUUUAAGUUCGGGUUCCUCUCUAACAGCUGGUGCUGCCAACGCUUCAUGGGCGUCACCAUCUGGUGACUUCGUAUUUGGCUUCCGUCCAACAUUUCAAGACAAUCUAUUCUUACUUGCAAUCUGGUUCGACAAAAUUCCUGAUAAAACCGUUGUUUGGUUUGCAAAUGAUAAGAAUUACCAAGAUAUACAAGUCCCAAAAGAAUCCAGAGUUGAGCUAAACAAUUAUGGUAAACUCGUCCUGAGCGAUCCCCAGAGAAAUGAAUUAUGGUCAGCCGGAAGUAAUGCUGAUUAUGCAGCCAUGCUUGAUAACGGGAAUUUCGUUCUUGGGAAUAUGAGUUCUGCUGAUUAUCUAUGGGAGAGCUUUAAUCAUCCUACAGAUACAAUCUUACCUACACAAAAACUGGAAGCGAAUACCAUUGUUUAUUCGCGAGAAACUAAAAAUAGUUACUCAAAGGGAAGGUUCAGAUUUCGUUUGGAUGAAGAUGGAUACCUGGUACUCAAUGUUGCUGCCUAUCCGAGUUCGAGCGAGUCUUAUCAUGAUGCAUACUAUUAUUUCAGUUACACUGCCAAUAAUGAUAGUCAAAAGGCAGGUUAUGUGGCUGGCUUCAAUCAAUCAGGUUACAUCUACGUUAACAAAGGGGAUGGAACAAAAGUGCUUCUCUCAAAUAAGACAAUCCUUCCGAUCAGCGAUGUGUAUUAUAGGGCGACACUCGAUUUCGAUGGAGCUUUCACUCAGUAUUCCCACCCAAGGAGUAAAAAUGAAGAGCAGGUUUGGUCCACAGUGUGGACAGUUCCCGAUGACAUAUGCGAGAUGGUUGGUAGUAUAAUAGGGACUGGUGCUUGCGGAUAUAACAGCUACUGUACACUAACACCCGAAAGGAGAGCACGUUGUAAUUGUCCACCUAAGUUUUCAUAUGUAGAUCCAAAUAACACGUACGGAGGUUGUAGACCAGAUUUCGUACAAGGAUGUCAGGUAUAUGAGUGGACAACGAAACCUGAUUCAUUUGAGUUAGAGGCUUUAGACAACGUGGACUGGCCGACUGCUGACUAUGAAGAGUUGGUGGAUUAUCCUAUAGAAGAAUGCAGGGCUUCAUGCCUCAGUGAUUGUCUCUGUGAUGUGGCUAUUUUCAGAAAUGGGACCUGUUGGAAGAAAAAGUUACCACUCUCAAAUGGGAAGAGAGUUAGUGGUAUUAACGGGGUGGCUCUCAUCAAAAUAAGGAAGGAAAAUUUAUCAGAACCAGACGAAAAGAAUGACCAAUCAACAUUAAUACUGGUGGUGUCAUUGCUUUUAGGCAGCUCAAUACUUUUCAACUUCAUAUUUUUAGCAAGGGCUUUAUAUGGCAAUUCUCUAGCCUUUCUGGUCUGCUUCUUCUCCACGGAAAAGAAACUGAGAGGAAAAGCACAAGAUUCAAGUGUUUCAAGAUCCAGUCUCCGAUCAUUUACUUAUCAAGAACUUGAAGAAGCCACAAAUGGGUUCAAGGAUGAGUUAGGAAGGGGCGCUUUCGGCAUCGUGUACAAAGGACUUAUUGAAGAGAUGGAUUCAACAAGGUUCAUAGCAGUGAAGAGGUUAGACAAGGUGCUUCGAGAAGGGGAAAAGGAAUUUAAAACUGAAGUCAAUGUAAUAGGUCAGACACAUCACAAGAAUCUGGUUCGACUGCUCGGGUUCUGCGACGAGGGGCAACACCGACUUCUAGUUUAUGAGUUCAUGAGUAACAGCAGUUUGGAAAAUCAUCUAUUCGGGAUUUCUAAGCCAGAUUGGAAUCGACGAGUCCAAAUUGCAUUAGGUAUAUCAAGAGGGUUGGUGUAUUUGCACGAAGAAUGCAGCACCCAAAUCAUUCAUUGUGAUAUAAAGCCUCAAAACAUACUACUGGAUGACAGUUUUACAGCGAGAAUUUCAGACUUUGGAUUGGCAAAGCUUUUAAUGACUAAUCAGACUCAAACUUAUACAGGGAUUAGAGGGACUAGAGGAUAUGUUGCACCAGAGUGGUUCAGGAAUGCACCAGUCUCAGCGAAAGUGGAUGUUUAUAGUUUCGGAGUUCUGCUACUAGAGAUCAUAUGUUGCAGGAAAGGAGUCCUACAGGAGCUAGUAGAAGAAGAGAUCAAAGCAAUUCUCACAGAUUGGGCAUACAAUUGCUACAGCCAAGGGAAACUAGAAGAUUUGGUGGAGAAUGAUGAGGAAGUACAGAACGACAUGAGGAGAUUCGAGAGGUUGGUGAUGAUAGCUAUUUGGUGUAUUCAAGAUGAACCGUCAAAUCGACCAUCAAUGAAGAAAGUAACACAGAUGCUAGAAGGGGUAAUUGAAGUUACUGUACCCCCAUGUCCUUAUCAGUUUAAGGAAUACUUUGGAGUUGGAAACAGUAGCGAAUGCGACAACGAAGAGGUAUCAUGUUUUCUUGGUGAUGUUAGUAAUGAUGCUAAAUCUAAUAAUGUCUAAUGUGUAAAAGUCCCGUUGUAACUGUGUUUGAUAAUAAGUUUAAUAAAACUAAGAAAUAAAAUUGCUAAAUAC